AUGAUGAUGGACGGGAUGCAAAUCAGCCACAAUCCUCACCACCGGGACAUCGAUAAGAUAGAUGAGUGGCUAUACCUGGGCAACCAGUACGGGGCGACCAACGCCCAGACACUGUCCGCACUGCACAUCACUGACAUACUGACCGUCAUGUCGGCGCCCAUAGACGCCGCGCAGCGAAUCGCUGGCAUCCGUUACCAUCACAUCGCCGCCGAAGACAACUCAUCGCAGGACCUGUUGAGCCAUUUUAACCGCGCGUACGACACCAUCGAGGGAUGUCGUCGACUCGGCUGCUCGAUACUAGUCCACUGCCGAGUGGGCGUCUCCCGCAGCGCCACCAUUAUUAUCGGCUAUAUUAUGCGCAAACGACGACAACCCCUAUACUUAGCCCUCGAGUGGGUUAAGACCCGUCGGCCGAUAAUACACCCGAACCGGGAGUUCAAGUCACAGCUGCGGCUCUUUGAACGCAUGGGUUAUCGGCUGAACGCCAACAAUAGGCAGUUCCGGGAGCUGUUGCUCCGGGUGUACGCCAAUCGGCAGCGAUUGGACGAGUACUUCGAGCGCCGGGCGAUUGUCGAGAGCCAGACCCCGGAUCUGGCGUACGGCCAACAGUUGGUCUGUAAAGACUGUGGGUUUGCGCUCUUCUCGCAGAUCCAUAUCCAUAGGGAUUACGAAGAGAUUCAUUCGAGGAGUGAGUCGUCGUCCAGCGGUGAGGCGUCGACGGCCGCACCGGUGGCCGGAAAGAUGGGUAACGAUAGUAAGUGUCAGCGCAUAUACAUCGAGCCCCAGGAGUGGAUGGCGUGGGAGUUGUCUCAAUGUCAACACUCGUAUGGUAUGGUUAAGUGCCGGUGCGAUGCGUUGGUCGCCGAGUACGAUGUGUGGACCCCCGGAGCCCUCGCGACACCCGACCGAUUGCCGGCCACUCCUCAACGCCACCAUUGCUUUAAGAUCCGUGUCUUAGACAAGAGUUUUAAGUUUGAAAAUAACUCGAUAUUUAUUUUUGAUACCAAUAAUAAUAGUCGUUUUAAUUUUCGAUAA